AAGUGGGGCUUUUACAAUUAGGUAGGGCUUGUUUCUGAGAAUACACAACACAGCCAGCGAAAUGGAGUAAAGUCAACUGUUCUUAUUCGGACUCAAAAGGGAUAACGAGAGGAAAUCGGUGCCUCUUGGAGGACCGUAAACAAACAGGAUAUCAAACGUUCUCCCGCGUCGUCAGUCUGUCGAAUGCAGAUCUCAGCUGCGGCUUGUGCUGAUUGAGGAGCAGAAACGUUUGAUGGUUACAACUUUACGGAGGAAGUCACUGACGGGCAGCAAAUAUUACCAAGUUAUAUGUACUUAGGUUCUUCGUUUAUAUUUCAUUGCCUAUUCGUCAGCUAGUUGGCAAGCUGUUGAUCGCAAAAAAAAAAUUCAACUUGUAGUUGAAGACUCGGUCGCGAGGGACCGUGGACGGUUACCAAGCUAAGAUUAUCUUAACUAGCCCAUUUCCUCCAACACCCCCUCCCCCAUGAUAGCUAGCUAGCUAGCCACUGUCUCCAUAUCAGAGCCCACACACUGGGGUGAAAUAAAUGACUAUGGCUAAUUUUGUGCGGUUUCGUUGGUCUCUUGUGAAAUAACAUGGAUUUGGCUGAAGAUCAGGAUUCGUUACCUAACUGAGAUGGCGAGCUAGCUAGCGAACUGGAUGAGUGGGUUUUGUGUCGUUGCGAUAAAGCGGUUGUGUUAGCUAGCGCUAGUUUGUUACGGAUGCUUCGUAUAUUAACUAGCUCAAAUUCAGCUAUCUAACGUUACUGGCUAACUCGCUACCAAGUAGCACCGGUUUCCACAGCAGCUAGUAAUAACACUUCUCCCUUGUCGACCACGUACAUUGAGAAUCUAGCUGGCUGAUUUCGUGGCUGAAUGUACAGUUUAAAUGUGGCAUCUAACGUAAAGUUAGUGCCAACAACUGAAUGCGUGUUACCUUGAUAGCUACGUUCGAUAGUUGUCGCCAACGUUAGUUAGCUAAAGUAGAUUUUAGUCGGGGAUAGUUUUUGCGUGCUGGAUAUUCAGCUGGCAACCUACAUCUGUGGUUUGAUUGACGUCCUCUUUCUGAUAUCGCUGUGUAGGAUCCUAUGCCAAUAAGACAAUUGUUUUGAUUUUUCAUGUUGGUGAAUAUGUUUGAACCUGAACCUCACUACUGUAUUCGCUAGUAUCUGGACCAUUCAUUCGUCAGUACUUUUUUUUGUGUGAUACAGGCGAGCUGGCUUGCUCUUGUUAUUUUAGCUUUCUACCCCUGUCAUCGUUAUUACACGAGGAUGUCUUUAUCGAAUACCAAUUCGAUAGAAGUGAUACAACCCAUCUUUGUCGACGCAUAAAGUAAUGUUUUAUUUUGAAGCAGAUGCGACGAGACACAAUUAGGAAGCUUGAAGCAUACGUCUUGCUGGAGUACCACGUACCGCAAUAUUACAAUUUUAGUUUUUCAAGAGGAUAAAACAAACUAUGUGGCUAGGAUCAGUGGGGAUUCACAGUUAUUAGCUAGCUGCCUUGCUAGUUCGCCACAUCUAGCAGGUGGGCCAUCUAAAAUAAGUGAAGCUCUCUGAAAUCUCGAAAUAUCUCAUCAAUCUUGUCUGGCCAUUGAAACCACUACCAUUUUUGGCACACAAAAAAAUACCCAGAUGAUGAAUACAAUUUUUUUUUUGUGUAACAAUGGUUGUGUUUUGAGCGACCGUGUGUGCCGAACCUAGGAGGAAGAAAACGACACGCUUCAUUCGAUGGUCACCCCUGUCAUCCGCAUAGCUGCCUCGGUCGCCCAGGUUGGAACUAGGUUUUAAAGAUUUUCAGUGGACAUUUGCUUUAUCUUUCACAAAAAAAUCCUUCCCACGGCUGGUGUUGUAUCGACUCGGUCGAACCAGGGUUGAAGAUGGCGGACCUCGAAGCAGUUCUCGCCGAUGUCAGCUAUUUGAUGGCGAUGGAGAAGAGCAAAUCUACUCCAGCGGCCCGAGCGAGCAAGAAAAUCAUACUGCCUGAAUCCAGUAUUCGCAGUGUGAUGCAGAAGUACCUGGAGGAAAGAGAUGAGCUGACCUUCGACAAAAUCUUCAACCAAAAGAUCGGGUUUCUGCUGUUCAAGGAUUUUUGUUUGAAUGAAAUAGAUGAGGCCGUACCACAGCUCAAGUUCUACGAAGAAAUUAAGGACUACGAGAAGUUGGAUUCUGAAGAGGAGCGGUUGUGUCGUAGCAGACAGAUCUAUGAUGGAUACAUCAUGAAGGAACUCCUCUCCUGUUCACAUGCCUUCUCUAAGAAAGCAGUAGACCACGUUCAGACUCACCUGGCCAAGAAACAGGUGCCUCCCUCUCUCUUCCAGCCGUACAUUGUGGAGAUCUGUGACAGUCUGCGAGGGAUGAUCUUCCGCAAGUUCAUAGAGAGUGACAAGUUCACUCGUUUCUGCCAGUGGAAGAAUGUGGAGCUGAACAUCCAUUUGACGAUGAAUGACUUCAGUGUCCAUCGUAUCAUUGGUCGAGGGGGUUUCGGGGAGGUGUACGGCUGCAGGAAGGCUGACACCGGCAAGAUGUAUGCCAUGAAGUGUUUGGAUAAGAAGAGGAUCAAGAUGAAGCAGGGAGAGACUCUGGCUCUGAACGAGAGAAUCAUGUUGUCCCUUGUCAGCACAGGGGACUGUCCGUUCAUAGUGUGUAUGACAUACGCCUUCCACACACCAGACAAACUCUGUUUCAUUCUGGACCUGAUGAACGGAGGGGACCUACACUACCACCUGUCCCAGCAUGGUGUGUUCAGUGAGAAGGAGAUGCGUUUCUACGCAGCAGAGAUCAUCCUGGGACUAGAACACAUGCACAACCGCUUCGUCGUCUACAGAGACCUCAAGCCUGCUAACAUCCUAUUGGAUGAGCAUGGUCAUGUGCGUAUCUCAGACCUGGGUCUGGCCUGUGACUUCUCCAAGAAGAAACCUCACGCCAGCGUUGGUACCCAUGGAUACAUGGCCCCAGAGGUGCUUCAGAAGGGGACAGCGUACGACAGCAGUGCUGACUGGUUCUCCCUGGGCUGCAUGCUCUUCAAACUGCUCAGAGGGCACAGUCCCUUCAGACAGCACAAGACCAAAGACAAACAUGAGAUUGACCGGAUGACGCUCACUAUGAACGUGGAGUUGCCAGACUCGUUCUCUGUGGAGCUGAAGGGUUUAUUGGAGGGUCUGCUGCAGAGAGACGUGGUGAAAAGAUUGGGCUGCCUGGGACGAGGGGCCCCAGAAGUGAAGGAGCAUCUGUUCUUCAAAGGCAUUGACUGGCAGCAAGUGUAUCUCCAGAAGUAUUCUCCCCCUCUCAUCCCUCCUAGAGGAGAGGUAAAUGCAGCAGAUGCUUUUGACAUCGGUUCCUUUGAUGAGGAGGACACCAAGGGCAUCAAGUUGUUGGACAGUGACCAGGAGUUGUAUAAGAACUUCCCGCUGGUCAUCUCAGAGCGCUGGCAGCAGGAGGUGGCUGAGACGGUGUACGAGGCGGUCAACUCCGACACGGACAAGAACGAGGCCCGCAAGAGGGCCAAGAACAAACAGCUGGGCCACGAGGAGGACUAUGCCCUGGGGAAGGACUGUAUAAUGCACGGCUACAUGUUGAAGCUGGGGAACCCGUUCCUGACGCAGUGGCAGCGCCGAUACUUCUACCUGUUCCCCAACCGAGUGGAGUGGAGGGGAGAGGGGGAGUCACGGCAAAACCUGCUGACGAUGGAGCAGAUUGUGACGGUGGAGGAGACACAGAUUAAAGAUAAGAAGUGCAUCCUGCUGCGCAUCAAAGGAGGGAAGCAGUUUGUCUUGCAGUGUGAGAGUGACCCAGAGUUUGUCCAGUGGAAGAAGGAGCUGACCGAGGCGUUCACUGAGGCCCAGAAGCUGCUGCGUCGCGCCCCUAAGGUCAUUGGGAAGGGACGGGCUGGGGGGGUGGAGCUCUCCAAACCUCCCCUCACACACCACAACAGCAACGGCCUGUAGGCUACACACCUGCACACACACACACACCGUAUCUUAUAACCUCAUCCCCUAUGACCCCGCCCCCCCAGCCCUAGACACACACACACAAA